AGCAAAUAACUAAAAAAUAUUCCAUUUCCACAAUGUGCAAAUACAACCUUCUUUACUUAGUACUACCAUUUUUUGUAGUACUUUGCAGUUUUUCUCUAAGAUGCAACGCGGUUCAGAGUGACAUAGAUUGCUUGAUAUCGAUAAAAGAUUCAUUCGAAGAUCCUUUAAAUUUCUUGAAUACUACGUGGAAGUUCGAUAAUCAGACAGAAGGUUUCAUAUGCAAAUUUGCAGGAAUACAAUGCUGGCAUCCUGAUGAGACCAGAGUUUUAUCCAUUAGUCUUCCAGACAUGGGACUAAAAGGUGAGUUUCCACGAGGCAUAGAAAAUUGCACUUCUAUAACUUCUCUAGAUCUUUCAAGCAACGAGCUAUAUGGUACCAUCCCUUCGGAUAUAUCAAAAUUAAUCAGAUUUACUAUAACCCUUGAUCUCUCAAGCAACCAAUUUUCAGGCGCGAUCCCAAGUGACAUUGCAAAUUGCUCUUUUCUUAAUUCCCUCAGAUUAGACAACAAUAAACUACAAGGUCCAAUCCCACCAGAAAUUGCCCUUUUAGGUCGACUCAAGAACUUUAAUGUUGCCAACAACAUGUUGGUAGGGCCAGUGCCAAGGUUUAUUAAUUCAACUUUUCCAGCUGAAAGCUAUGCAAAUAAUCCAGGACUUUGUGGUCCUCCUCUGGAAUUAUGUGGUACAAAACACGUCGGGUUCAUGUUAAGUACUGUAUUGAACCGUCGUGUACAGUUUGCGUGUGGUUUUGUGACUGGUUGGUCACUUUUUACUGUACUUGGUAUAUAUCUUUUUUUCUUUGGUUUACCUGGCGUAAAGAAGAUGCUUCUAUUCAUCAACAAGAGAACAAAGGUAAUGGUGAUUGAUGGAAAUGAAUCGCCUCGAGGAGAAGAAGUAAACAACGAUCCAAAGGUAAACAUUACGCUUGCUUUCAACCGUCUUUUUUCCCAAUAA